CGACGUUCAAGGACCCAUGCAUGUAGUGUGAUAACGGCCCUUUCUUUGGCAAGAAGCUCCUGUAAGUAAUAACACGUUUACAGCCCAACGAUAGUGUUACAUAGACAAACAAGCGCCUACUAACAGCCUAUGUAUGUUCCAACUCAUUACUCCUUAUUGAGUCCAUUAGGACCCAACGUAACACUUAUGUAUGAUGCAACUUCUUAAUGUCUUGUUUUUCGCCUUGUGGCUCUCGACUACACAUUCACACCACACAUUUACGUCGAGGACCUGGCCCCUUUUGAAAAAUGCAAACUGGAGCAGCAUGCUUUCACAGCCGACGGCCUUCGCUGUUAAGGCGCAUGCAAAACUUCGAAAUCGAGAAAAGGGUUAUCAGCCGGGAUCACGCUGCGCUAAGUUCGUAGGGAUGGCCUACUUUGAGCACAUCCGGAACAGUCGACAACAGUUGUGCAGCACAGCGCGUCCACCAUCACACAGGCGCCUGAUGGACACCAACGAGCGCGUUCAGAAACGCGAAGUGUCUGAGGAGGACGAACUGGCGUCGAGCGUCGACUGUUACACGGCACCUUAUGUGCCGGUCGGCUUAGCAAGUAAAGCGUCGAUUUCACUGUGCCGGAGCCGAAACUUGGUGCUCAACAGCUGUGAUUUCUUUGCGGGCAAGCGCAAGGGCUCGCUAACAAAAAAGUUUCCCAUGCCGGUGCGAGGUGCGGUGCGACUGGCUUGCGACAUGGCCAACACAAGCGAACUAGCGCAGCGCAGUAAGGAGCUGUACUGGCUCCAGUCCGUACACCACGAUGUGUGGUGGGGAAAUGCAACUCGGGACGACGACGCCGUCCGCGACGCCUGCGCGCCCGGCUCACCCAGCCUGGUGACCACCCCCACGCUGUUCGUGAUGCGCGACCGCCACGCCAACUACGCACACGAGCUGGAGGUGGUGUCCAUGACCUUCUCCUUCCUGGGAGCGCUGGAUCCACAGGACGUGGCGCAACAUGGGAUGCAGGUGGUUAUCGUGGACCAGGCGCCUCCCACGGGCUUCCUGGAGACCUGGGCGCGCAUGUCCCGCCCGCACCGCCUUCGCAUCCUCGCGCACGACCCCUUCCCGCCGGGCACCUGCUUCCGCUCCGCCUACCACGUCUACACCUUUGCGGCCGGUAUCGGCUAUAACACCAACCCUGACACCAUCAAAUGCGAAAGUCCCGUGACAACAGGCCUCAGCCACUGGCUGCGGCAGCUGUAUGAUGAGGGAGAUGCAGGGCUUGUCGCGGCUGCGUCUGCGGAGGGCUUGUCGGGUGGUGCGGCGGCGCUAGCGACGGCGGGGCCGGCGGCUGCAGCAGCGGGCUUGGGGGGGCUGCGGCCUCCCACCGGUGGCAUCGUGCUGAAGAACGUGGUGUGGCUGAGCCGGAGGAACCUGGAGAUGGUUCGGCUGUUACUGGACGCCGCUCUGGGCUGGAAGGCCAUGCGAAUGGUGCGCAACGAGGAUGCGGUGGUGGCUGCGCUGGUGGCGGCGGUGCAGGAGUGGAACGCUGAAAGCUGCCUGCUGCGGCGCUUUGAUCGAGCGGUGCAGUCGGAAUAUGAGCGAUCGCUGCAGACGGUACAUCCCGUACACUUGGGUCCUGGCACAGCGGCAGCUGAGGCGGCUGCAAAAGCGGCAAGAGCGUCCCGUCGCGCCACGGCGGCAGAGUAUGUGGAGGUGCAGAAACAGACGCAGAGACCGGCGGGGGCGUCAGCUAUUGCCACUAGUAAGGCCGUAAGCCAGCGUCGCGGGCUACUCCAGCAUGUAGUCGAGACCGUAGGCGACUUGUGGAGGAGGGCUGCUGCCGUGGCUGGCUGGGAGGCUGUGGACAGUGGGUCAAGACCCAUGGGUCUGCGCCGGCAGCUGGGCCAAGAAGAUGGCGGCAGCAGCAUCGACGAACACGGAAAUGACGAGGACGAGGAUAGCAACGUUGAUGCUGCUGCUGAGGAGGAUGAGGAUGCUGGUGCCGCUGAGGAGGGAAGUGAAGCGGGGCCCAUGCAAUCUGGCGGCGAUAGUGCUACUAGUGGAAGCAAGCUAGGGAACCGCACCGGCGCUGGCCAAGGAACAAGCACCUCAACCGUCAACAACUCCUCCACUAAGCCACCGUACGUUGUCAACGGCAACACGGUCAUGUUAGAUAAGCUGUGGGAAACCGAGGCUCCUGAUGACGAAUGCCGCCGCACCAACGUGUUGUUCCGGUUUGUCGACGGAGACUUCAAUGACAUGGCGUACCAUCAACAGUUAAAGAUAAUUUUCCGUACGGGCGUGCUGCUUGGGGUCCACGGCGCCGGUCUCACGCAUGGUUUCUUCAUGCCGCCCACCCAAAGUGCGGUCCUGCAGCUGCUCGGGGAGUCCUUUUCUAAGGUGACGGCCAACAACGUAUUCCGCAACAUGGCUGCCGGUCUGGGCAACUACUACGAGGACGUGCUGUACUCUGGGGUGGAUGUGGAUGUGGGAAAGCUGAAGGAGGCAGUCAAGAGGGCGAUGGACUACGUGUCUGACAAGGUCAUGCAGGCGCAGCGGCGCAGCGGCAGCCCGCUGAGGCUGGUCCUGGACGACCAGAACCACUUCUCACUGGUGGUGCCGUCCGCGGGGCAGUGCCCGCGCGACAACACUACCCAGGCAAAGAUGCUGUCCAGAGAGAAACGGAAGUAAGCAAGGACUGCGGUGAGUGCAUGGAUGCAUGCAUGCGACAUGGCAUGGCUGCGUGGGGUCUGUUGGUCAAGCGAGGGUUGCAGCUGCAACGAGGGCGACAGGGCCCGGCACGAGCUAGGCUUGUAGGAAUUUUUCAUCUUGACUUUGUUGCGGCAUCGGGGGGAGUGGAUGGGCUGAGUGGCGGACGUGUGAAGGCGGUGGGUUCAUGGCCGGGGCCAAAGAGGCGGUGAUCUCUGAUGAUCCCAGCAAAGUCCAGCCAUAUGAAUCAAUCGGAUGGGCCGGCUGGGCUGGAGACUGUUAAUGGAGGCCGCUCCUUUUGCUACCCAAUGGAAGGAGAUAAAGACGGGGGGAACAGGGCGGGGUAUGUAUCUGAGAUGCCAUGUGCACAGAGCGUGGGUAGGUGCGAUGAGUUCGGGUAAUAGCGUUUUUAGGACUGUGGCGCCCCAUUGGGAACGAGUAGCUCGCCUUGACUGUCUCUAUGUUUUCUGCCUUGUAUUCCUGUCUUUCUUGGGGUAAUGGUGUUAGUUUUAUCAAUGCGCGUGCCUGUGCACCGAGCAACCUGUGGGCCGUGCACCACAUGCCAAGCUGUGUGAGUGCUUUAGGUGGUAGCCUCGUUUCUCAUAUCAACAUUGCAUGCUCUAGGCUACAAGUUUCAUUUCUUUUGGUGCUUUGUUUAUGCAUUCGGUAACCCAUGGCGACAAACGCAGACUGUACAAACUCAAGUGGCGCUUAGGCGUGUUUGGUUGCCGGUACUGCGCGAGGCAAGCCUGAGUGGCCAUUGGGGAACGUCUGUGUGCCCUGAUGCGGAUUAAUUGUUUCCUCUUCCCCACCAUUGUGUCUGGUCAUUGGUGUUGUUCCGAGAUUGCUGUUGUCCAUGUUGCCAUGUGGUUAUUUGGCUUGGUAAUAGGCAUACUGAGCGUCGUGCUGGUUUGUGCGCCAAUGCCAGUUCAAGCCCGUACCGUCGCAGGGGUCUCUUCCAAAGGGGACCAAGGCGCGCCUAGCAAGAAGGGGUACAUAGCUUGGCAAGGGCUGCAGGGGCCUGUGGCGUGUGUAUGUUGGUAGCUGCUUAGACAGGCCUGGGAAACCUAGAUUGCCAGGCGGCAAGGCACAGUUGGCCUUUCUUAGGUACAUAGUGGCGUGCAGGAGUAGAAGUAUGCGAGCGUUGCUUGCUUGCGCACUUAGGAAGAAGUACAUGUGACACGUGGGCUAUGUUGAUUGAAUGCAAUGGUGGACGGUUUGUGAGUCCAGCGUAAAGUGAGCCCAGCGUAAAGCGCUGUGAGCCCAGCGUAAAGCGCUGUGAGCCCAGCGUAAAGCGCUGUGCUCUCUGUUGCAAUGCGCCGUGCUGGUACAACAUGGUGACUGAUUGCCCAUGCUUGGCCAUGUCUUGCCUUCCCAACCAUUGGAAUUUUAGGGAGCCAAGGCUCUUGGAGGCCCUCCUUAGCAACUAGGUAGUUUUCCUUUCAUCCUGGCACCGAUUUUGUUUUAUUACGGCAAUAGUGCGGUUCAUAAUCGUCCAUGAGUGGUGGCGCGCGAAGGGGCAGACUUGGGGUUAGUGCAUGGGGAGGGCGUCCCAUAGAUGACAUGAUUACAGGAAGGAAAUGUAUGCUUGUAAGCAAUGCGAAUGCCAGGUUGUUGCUAUGUUCAUGUGGGUAUGUAUCAGUGGGUAGGAUAAUGCAACGGUUGAAAGGUCUACCGCUUUAAUAGCUAGUGACAUGUACCGGCGUUUCGGCGUAUUCACUUUUCCGGACGGUCGUACCAGUACCAGCUGAAAGCACGUUGAACAAUAGGCGGACAUGGUGGACCUCAAAUACCUGCAUUGGCGUGGUUUGUGUGUGCGGAAGCGUGGACGCCUGGACUGCCAUCUAGCUGCUGUGUUCUCAUGGGGCUAUUGCAGAGGUGUUGAUGCAUCAGACGCAUUAUGAUAUCGGGCUGUACGUGCAUUUAUAUAUGAGGACAAUUGCAGGAAAGAUUAGCAUCAAUGGCUGACUUUGUAUGGCAGAUCCACGCACCAAACGUGGAAAACCGGCUAAGUACGACAGUCAGUAACAUUAGACCGCAGAGGGCAUGUGCUCCAAACACCUGUAAUAUUCACAUUCCAAACACUCCAUUGUAAAGUUAGCAGUUUAAUGACAGAGGAGGC